AUGUCAAAUUCACAUGUGUCUUAUCAGAACAGCAACAUUGCACCGGCAAUGCACCGACCACACUCUCCCAUCCUCAUUCUCAUCCCCAUCAUUCUAAUCCUUUUCCUGCUACCCACACGUGCCGUUGCAACCUCUACACCACUCAUCGCGCGAUCUCCCACCCCCGCUAACUGCACCUUCCCCGGUGAUGAGAACACCUACGGCCUCGGGAUCCGCAUCGGCCUCUACCUCCAAUGGCUCUCCACCACCCUGGCUAACAAUUUCGUGCCCUCUGAAGCCCCAGCCAUGCGCGUCGCGAACAUCAACUUCCAUCUGGCAGCUUUCAUCGCUUUGAUGUAUCGAACGAUUGCUCAAAGAGGGCGGUUGGCCGCCGUUGAAGCUUUCCUCCUGCUGGUGCUGUGUACGGGCGGGGUGUGUUCGGGUCGUGGAACGGGGAACGCUGUUGAUGCGCUGGAGGGUGAGGAGCCUCGAACGAAUCCCGAUAGGAAGAGGAAAGCGAUGGGGCCCGGGAGUCUCUUCCGGACGAUGCUAGGCGCUGCGACGUUGUAUUAUGGCGUUUGGCUCGCGUAUGUUGGCCUCGACGCGCUUUCCCAUCCUCCUCCGGAGUCUGGUUGCAGACACGUGGUGUUCUGGUUCGCGAAAGUCGCUCUUUUUGGGUGGUAUAGGGUGUUCUUGAAGGUUAUAUUUACCAUUGCGGCAUCUUAUGGCUCCCUCAGCUUGGUUUGGAACUUCUAUGUGGUUCUUCGACUUGUUCGUCGGCGCGGGAUGAAAGGUGUCUUUAGUGGCCCCCUCGAUCCACAGGGCGUCCUAGAAGGGGCAAUACACACACUAGGCUCACCAUCGCAAGCAAAACCGCGAAUGUUCACGGUGCUGAUGCAUACGACAUUCUCUCUCGAUCUUCCGGUCUUCGUAUUGAUCACUGAGUUCACCAUCUCCUGGAACGGCAUCAGCGGCGUAAACGGCUUGAAUAGUACCGGGCAGCUGAUACCGAUUGUGAGGCUAUCGUAA